CAGUUCUCCAUUUCCAUAGCACGCCUACACUUUCUCUUGACAGCUCAUAUAAGCUAAAGAACAAACAAGUAACGAUUCUACAGAUGUGGUGGGAUUUUUGGUUGUUCUUGGAUGAAAUAAUUCACUUUUAUUAAAAGGUACCAGACACCAGCAUGUGAUGAUUGCAAACAUGUCUACCGACAGCACUCCAACAGUUUUAAUUCUCUUUUUCAUCCUGAUCCUCCUUGUUAUUCUCCUGGUUUACCUCUACAAGCGGCUGAACCAUGAAACAAAGGAUCAGUAUUCCAUCCAUCGCUUUGUGUUUAGAGAGGGAGGCCCUCGUGAUCGUGUGAUGCAUGGUAUUGCAGUGCUGGAGGCCAGGUUAACCCAGAUAAGGCCUCGAGCCCAAGAUGAGGAGGAAGUUUUAAGCAGUAAUGAAGAUGUCGCCAAAGACGAAGAAGAAGGAGAAGAAGAUGCAGAGGAAUGCCACAGUGGAAAUGAGAAAACAGAAGGCAACGAUCAUCACAACGAUUCAUCCGAUGAUUAUUCCAGCAUUGACCUACCAGAGAGAGUAAAGCAGAAUAACAGCAAGGAAGAGGAAAAAAAAGAAAAAGAACCAGAGGAAGAAAAGGCGGCAAAAAGUGAAGAUCACAGUAAACCAGAUGAUGAUGAUGUUGAUGAUGUGAAGAAUGAAGAAAGAGUUGGCUUACUUGUAGACUUGAAGACAUUUUCUGGCAGUGCAAUUUGGUCUGAGGAGAAAAAGGAAGAGAAUAAUGUAACAGCUUUGUAAAGUAUAAAAAGGCUUAAGCCGAAUAUGAAGCUCAUGAGUGGAAAACUGUAAAAUUGAGGUGCGUUUUGCAAUUAUGGAGCGAUUUACAUUAUAUUAUGCUUACAGAUGUGAUGUAUCUUUAAUAUUCAUAGGACAGUUAGUAGUUUCUUAUUCGUAGAUCAUUUAAUUAGCAUGUUUUAUGUAUAGCUACAUUUUUGUGUAACAGUAUUUUUCAAAUAAACUGAACAUAUACACUUUUAUAAAAUAAAUGCCUUGAUACCAUU